AUGAAUGCCCCCCUCCCCAUCCCACUUGGCUCGAACCGGCUGCCUGCGCUCCUGCUGUCAACCGGCCACGGCAGCUCGGCGCAAGACGACGCGGGUGCGCUCGCUCGGCCGGCCUCUCGGAAGCGCUCAUCAGCCGCCCAGACGGGACCGGGCGCGCAUCGCAGCCAGCGCCUGCCUUCCGAACGGGAUGGACCUAAUGUAUGUGGAUCACGUUACAAUGCAUAUUGCUGUCCUGGGUGGAAAACUUUGCCUGGUGGAAAUCAAUGUAUUGUCCCGAUUUGUAGGCAUUCCUGCGGAGAUGGAUUUUGCUCGAGGCCAAACAUGUGCACGUGUCCGAAUGGCCAGAUUGCCCCAUCCUGCGGCUCAAAAUCAGUGCAACAUUGCAACAUCAGAUGUAUGAAUGGAGGGACUUGCAGUGAUGAUCAUUGCCUCUGUCAAAAGGGAUACACAGGAACACACUGUGGACAGCCUGUCUGUGAAAAUGGGUGUCUUAAUGGAGGAAGAUGCGUUGCACCAAACAGAUGUGCCUGCACAUAUGGCUUUACAGGACCUCAGUGUGAAAGAGAUUACAGGACAGGGCCGUGCUUCACCUUGGUGACCAACCAGAUGUGUCAGGGGCAACUCAGCGGGAUCGUCUGCACAAAAACCCUCUGCUGCGCAACAGUGGGGAGAGCAUGGGGUCACCCCUGUGAAAUGUGUCCAGCCCAGCCUCAUCCUUGUCGGCGUGGAUUCAUUCCAAACAUACGGACAGGAGCUUGCCAAGAUGUGGAUGAAUGCCAAGCUAUCCCUGGGAUUUGUCAAGGAGGAAAUUGCAUUAAUACAGUUGGAUCUUUUGAGUGCAAAUGCCCAGCUGGACACAAGUUUAAUGAAGUGACACAGAAAUGCGAUGAUAUUGAUGAAUGCAGUACCAUCCCUGGCAUCUGUGAAGGGGGCGAAUGUUCCAACACUAUUAGCAGUUACUUCUGCAAAUGUCCUUCUGGAUAUUCCACGACCCCAGAUGGCACUAGAUGCAUAGAUGUACGCCCAGGAUACUGUUUUACUUCUCUCACCAAUGGCCGUUGCAACAAUCAGCUCCAGCAAGUGCUCACCAAAACCCAGUGCUGUUGUGAUUCUGGACGAUGCUGGUCUCCGGGAGCUACCAGUGCCCCAGAAAUGUGCCCUAUUCGUGCUACUGAGGAGUUCCGCAAAUUGUGUAUAUAUGGCAGUUUGCCAGCUGAGAGACCAGACACACCUAGCAUACCUAGACUGCCACCUGACAUAUUUCCACCUCAAAUAUUUCCACCAAUAUUCCCACCAGAUGGGAUUCUGCCUUCUCGAAGGCCCCCAGGUAUUGUGUCAGUUAAUGUUACUCGGCCACAAGUCAACUUCUGCCAGUUAUAUCAAAAUCUCUGCAUUAACGGACGCUGUAUUCCAACUCCUGGAAGUUAUCGCUGUGAAUGCAAGAAAGGGUUUGAAUUGGACCUUAGAGGGGAAUGCAUAGAUGUGGAUGAAUGCGAGAGGAAUCCUUGUGUUGGUGGAGACUGUGUGAACACACAAGGUUCCUACAUAUGCCAGUGUCGCCCUGGAUAUCAGAGUACCCUGAUGAGGACAGAAUGCCGAGAUAUUGAUGAAUGUUUGCAGAAUGGCCGGAUAUGUAACAACGGGCGAUGCAUUAACACUGAUGGCAGCUUCCACUGUGUUUGCAAUGCUGGCUUUCACGUGACAGCAGAUGGAAAGAACUGCGAAGGUCAGGAUUGCCAAAUCCCUUCUGAGUACUUCCUUCUUCACCUGU